UCUCUGAGUGUACUAGAAUGAGCCUACUUGUGUGAAGCUCCUCGUUUGCACUGAGUCUCUCUUUUCGAAAGACUCAGUAUCGUCCAUGCAGAGCAAGCUUGCCACAGUAUGCCUUUCGUCAAAAUAUGGAGCGGGGACCACAGUGUCAAAAAAACUGCCUGCGUGGGGACGCUGUUGGAGGUGCUCGUGCAGGCAAAAGAAAAGGGAGUCUGCGACUCGACACAGGCUAAGGCAAUAUUUGAUGAAAAAGUGUCAGCAUAUGCACCACCACUUGUUCAGUACUUGGAGUCGGUCCCAAAGAAAGACAUUAUGUAUGUGCUGAUGAUCAUGCAAGAGGAGACCAAAAAAGGCAACACGAAUGCAGUGAAGGAAGCUGUGCUGCCCCUUCUGUGCGCACAUUUCAAAGAAGAUGAAAGUCAUCUAUUCCAAGUUUUUGAAGAGGGAACGAGCAUCACAGAAAGACUCCCGGAGCUGCCGUACACCCCUACUAUUGUUGCAAUUGGAAGCAUUUUCAGGAAAGAAUGUUUUGUGGCCUGCGAACAGCAGAUCCUUUUCACAGAGGCCGUGGAGUUUUCGGAGGCUACCUGCCUUUUACUUCUGAGCUACUACAUUUUCAACCUAGCCUAUGCAGAUCCCGUUACCACAACACUCGAAUUUCUUCAGAGGGAGAUGUUCAACAUUAACCCACCGAGAGGCAGCAAAAUCACAAAGGGCCGUAAAUCGAGGACCGUUGUGGACAACAGGAUAAUGAAGUUGGUGCAGCAGUUGCGCUGAAGGAUUGAAGUUGUAAGCCAUAAGCCAGGGCACAAAAAAUGCUUGACAAAAUAAACUCCACCUAUGUGUUCCGAGUGG